UCUGGUUUCGGUGCGUUCCAACAUUGCAUAUGUGUCAGCGAUACGCACCUAGAGUAGCUUGUAAUGUAAGGUAAUUACCGGUACGCUUCCGGCCCCGCUUUAGCCUCAUGCAGGUUGCCCAGUCAUCCAAUCACGGCCUCUGCUCCAAUAGCUAUCCAAACGGGCGUCAUUGUCGCGCUCGCCUCAAAGCUUCGCCGAGUUCCAGGUGCCACACCUCCAUCGGCCAGCUCCCCCAACCCAGCAGCAACGCAGAUCGGCGCUGGGACGCACGCAUAGACUGCGAAGAUGCUGCCCCUCGGACUCCUGAACGCGGCGCAAGGCCACCCCAUGCUGGUCGAGCUCAAGAACGGCGAGACGCUCAACGGCCACCUCGUGCUGUGCGAUACGUGGAUGAACUUGACGCUGCGCGAAGUGGUGCAGACGAGUCCGGAGGGCGACAGAUUUAUGCGGCUGCCGGAAGUUUAUGUUAAGGGGAAUAAUAUCAAGUACCUGCGGGUGCCGGACGAGAUCAUCGACAUUGUCAAGGAGCAGCAGAGUCAACAAAGCGGCUACCGUGGUGGACGUGGCGGGCAAGGGAGAGGAGACCACGCGGGGAGAGGCGGGGAUAGGGGGCGUGGCGGAAGAGGACGUGGAGGCGGGCGGGGUGGAAGAGGAGGCCGGGGGUCAUGAACAUGAGCCUAGGCGCGGUUGUGGUGAUGCUCGGCGGAGAAGUCCGGCUAUGGAUGUUGGACUGUGGACUCUGCGGGAGGAAGACGGCGACAUCCUAGUCCCAGAUUAUCACGGCGUCUUGGAGGCCUUUCGCAACUUGGCUACGCAGCUCUGCGGGACGCUGGAGCGACUGGUUUGCAAGCUGGCCCUCCUGCGAAGUGAUGCCACGACGGCCUGGGACUCCCGCAAGCUUGGUGGGCCAACUGCAGUUUGCUUUUCACCGGCAAACCGAUCUUUCUCAGUAAAGAACCAAGAGUGAAGAACGACGCGAUGUACGCGUUGGUUCAUCAUGCAGGCCGUCCCUACACUCCAGAUGACCACGUGACCUGGCACUGAGGGUUCCAUCAGCUGUUUGCGCGGGCGUUGCCGUCUUGGCAGUGCUACCAGGGAGCACCCAGGAGCCCGCAGUGUCUCAACUGACUGCGUUAGCGUGAGUUAGUUACCGCCUUUCGAAAUGGUUUCCUCUGGCAGAAUCUAACCCCUGCCAUUA